GCUGGAGCCGGAGCCGGGGCGGCAUGCGGGAUGAGGAUGCCUGGCUCUUUCCUUUCCCGAAAGACGAGCCAAGACAACGGGAUUCGUCUCUCACAAAUCUCAAAGGCAUGUCUAAGGGACCAGUGUCAUUCAAGGAUGUGACUGUGGACUUCACCCAGGAGGAGUGGCAGCACCUAGAUCCCGACCAAAAGGCCCUCUACAGGGACGUGAUGCUAGAAAACUACUGCCACUUCGUCUCUGUGGGAUUUCCCAUAACAAAACCUGAUAUGAUCCGCAAAUUGGAACAAGGAAAAGAACUAUGGACAGAGAGAAUUUUUCCAAGUCAAAGCUAUCUAGGAGAGAAGCAGCCUUUACCGGAGGACACCGGGCAAGAGCCAUGCGAUUUCCAAAACACUGUGCGAUUAUACAUCCCGCGGCAAAGCCUCGAAAACCAUUUCAGAAUUCAUCA